GCAACACGUUACGGGCAUAGUAACACGCAUAACCUUGCAAUCGCACAGCAGUCACGGGAGAGCGUCAAAGCACAGGACGUAAAGAGAAAUUGAGAGCGGGAGAGACGAGCUUGCGCCUGUGACCUCUGAGUGCGACCCAGUAACAAAGAGAGUGACAGGGAGAGCGAGAGAGAUAGGAUAUAAGUUACUGUUUGCAAUUUGCUUGUGAACUCGCAAGCGUUUACUUCCGGAAUUUAUUUAACGAGGACAACAACUUGGAGGUGACUGUUGGACAAGCAACUUGAAGCUGGCGGGGCUGCUGCUUGAGAAAAUAAACAGACUUAGGGACAUAGAGAAAGGAAGCGAGCCAUAUCCAGAUGAUGUUGUAGAUAUUCUCAACGUUCGCCGGCUGGCUUGGAGCAAUAACUCCUUACCUGGCGGCCACACACAAUCAUGAAACGGACCACAUUGCAGCACUGCAGCUAACUGGCUAGAACUUUGUGAAAGCGUUUGUACUGUGUGAGUGUGUGUGUGUGUUAGCGUCAUGUAUAUGAGCAUCUGGUGCCACAAUAUAAAUCUGAGUAGCCGCAGUCUGGCCAUUGCUUUGGUCGUCUGUGUCACGCUCGUCUAUUUCUCCUACAGCUUCAAUGCCUGCCUCUUUGCCAGCCUGACGCGCACGCUGCAGCAGAGCAACUUGCGCAAUUUGCUGACGCUGCAGCAACGUAACGAAUCAGACAAAGCAACGUCAUCCUCAACCGGAACUGGAACUGGAACUGGGACUGCCACUGAUGUUGGAGUUGCAAGUACAGUUUCCUUGUUCACGGUGUCCAUAUUGAACACAACCUCUGUCGGAUUGGGCCAUGGCAUGCCCAGCAUUGAUGGCGCACCCAAAUAUCAAAUGUUGCGUCAACAAGGAUUGCGUCCUUCGCGUCAUUUGCCCGACACGCUCAUCAUUGGCGUAAAGAAAAGUGGCACAAGGGCUCUACUGGAGUUUAUACGCCUGCAUCCGGAUGUGCGUGCUGCCGGCUCCGAGGUGCAUUUCUUUGAUCGGCAUUAUCAGCGUGGAUUACGCUGGUAUCGUCAUCAUAUGCCGUAUACCAUUGAGGGUCAGAUUACCAUGGAGAAGACGCCUAGUUAUUUUGUAACCAAAGAGGUGCCACAGCGUGUGUAUCACAUGAAUAUGGCAACCAAACUCCUCAUUGUUGUGCGUGAUCCGGUGACGAGGGCCAUCUCGGAUUAUACGCAGGCGGCGAGCAAGAAGGCGGACAUGAAACGUUUCGAGCAAUUGGCCUUUGUCAAUGGCACCUACUCUGUGGUGGACACUAACUGGGGUCCAGUCAAAAUCGGAAUAUACGCUCGUUAUUUGGAACGUUGGCUGCUUUACUUUCCGCUCUCGCAGUUGCUAUUUAUCAGUGGCGAGAGAUUGAUCAUGGAUCCGGCUUAUGAGAUUGGACGCGUUCAGGACUUUUUGGGCUUGAAACGUGUCGUCACGGAGAAACACUUCUAUUUCAAUGCGACAAAGGGAUUUCCAUGUCUGUUCAAAUCGGAGGCCAGAUCAACACCCCAUUGUCUGGGCAAGACCAAGGGACGGAAUCAUCCGCAUAUCGAUGUCAAUGCCAUCGAGCGCCUAAGAGAAUUCUAUAGGCCAUUUAAUAAUAAGUUUUAUCAAUUAACUGGCAUUAACUUUGCCUGGCCCUAAAAACCCGAGAAUAAUCGAGGAAAAAAUCAGAAUGGGGAGUGAGAGAGAUGUUGUUGCAAAUUGAUAUACAUACAUACACGUAUAUACACAUGUGUGCAACAGACUGAUAUUGUUGUUUGCAUUUUUUUAUACAUACCAUUGUACUUAUACAUACAUAGUUGAUCUAUAUAUACAUGUGUAGCCAGACAGCUGAUACAUAUAAUGAUACGCUACGUAAUAUUGUAACGUUUAUUGCUCAAUUAUUUGUAGCUCUAAAAAUAAUACAAUACUCUUACACACAA